UCAGCGCAAAAUAUUACGUUCUAGCAGAAAUAUGCUUAUGAGGCACCUACUACGAGCUUGAUCAGUCCCGAGUAUCUCAGACGUCGAGGAAAACAACGUAUUCUUCCCAUCCACAAAGGAAAAAUCAUCCACAUCAUGGAGCCUCACGACCAGACUGCCUCUGUGCUCCAGUCUGGCGGUAUAGAAUUCGCCUUCGGUACAGGCGAUGGCUCUCACUCAUUCACGUGGAGCCCUCCCGCUUCCGCGAGCUCCCCAGACAAUGACCACCAGACAGCGUUAAACGAUCGGAAACGUCGUCGAGUGCAGGUCGAUAUUGUCAAGCAGGGUGUUGCUUUGCUACAGCUUGGCUCGGAUAUGACCUAUGACUUCAGCUCGACCCAUGCCGAGGCUGAAAAAAAACUUGCGGGUGUCAUCGCUGAGAGAGAUCAUCUUCGAAGGAACCUUGAUGUUAUCAAAGACGACCUUCGGGAUACACUGGGUAGAUAUCGAGCGAUUGCGAAAACGCUUGAUGGUACCCAAGGGGAGUUUGAUCACUACAAGAAGAAUCACAGCCACAACGACGAAUUUCUGCGCCGUCUGCAAACAAAACUCGACAAGAGCUAUCAGAAACGUCAAGUUAUCCACAACCAUCGCAACCAGCUCAUGAAAACCGUCAACAGCAUGCGCAGAGAGGAGUCGAAGAACGAAAGCGAGCAGAGGCUUCUUCGCGAGAAGCUUGUCGAGGCCACGACUGCCCAGGAAAAGAUUCGGCGUGAAAUGGGGGAGGCCAGAUGCCAAUUUUCCAGGGAUCUUGAACACGCCCAACAGAAAGUAGGCCAUGCAAACCUGCAAAGGACCGAGGCCGAGGAGGAAUUCAAAGUGGUCAAGGCCGAAAUGGACAAUCUUCGAGACCAGGUUCAGGUGGAGAAGACCAACCUCGCGCAGGAGCGCGAGGAACUACAAAAGGAAUUGGACAGAGCCACGAAGAGUGAGAUGAGAUAUCGAGAUCAGGUCGCCCAGCUCGAGAAAGAUACCGAAAGCCUCAGAAAAGAGCACAAAGGCUGCCAAGUAUCGCAUGAAAAACUACAAAGCGACCUUCUCAGCGCCCUCCAGGCAAGCGAAGAGGCCAGAGAAGACCUCAGCGAGGCACAGAAAGAACUGGACGAGAGUCACGACAAGUACGCCAAGUUGGUCGUCGAGAUGCGGUUCUUGGAGGAAAAGAACACGGCCCAGUUAACCCAACUUGGAAGCGAGCGCUGCGAACACCUCCGCGAGAAGCGGGAGACCAUCGAAAAGCGGAAAAAGGCCGAGGCCGAGAUCAAGAGGCUCCGAGACGAAAACUACAGUCUGUCGUCAAAGCUCCGCGGUGGCACGCUGGAAGAAGAACUGCGAAAGGCGCUCGAGGCGGAACUCGGCAAUUGAGAUGAGUAAGGUUCAGAGGCAGUUGCCUAUCUCGGGGGAUGUACAAGUGUUGCCCGCAAAUAGGUCAAGAACCAGAAGAGAGAGAAAGUUAUAUGGAAAGCUAGGAGGUGUCUCGACACGGCUGAAGGGCGCAGAUGAUCGGGCAGACUAUGGAGUGUCUUGUGAACCAAUUGCAAGGUUCCUCAAAAACGACAUUCGAUAGGCCAUCAAUAGUCUGUUGGCCAGAAUG